AGUUGUUCGCCAAACGGUCCUGGUUCUAUGUUGUCGUUCGAGUCCACCGGGAGACCCGCCAACGAAGAAACGGGACGGAGCUCGGCCGUUCAAAGGCCACCGCCCAUUGCAACCGCCUGUGUGAUGUUAGUCUUCAUUCCCGACGCAAGAGGCGAGAUUACGAGGCUCCCAAUAGGACGGCGAGUGCGGUCUUUCUUCUUCUGCUUCUUCUUCUGCUGCUUCUUCUUUUGGACAUUUUGACAAUCCUCACUACGAGUAUUUCUCCACGGUUGCGUGUGUGGGUAUGCUGUAGCUGUGUGUCUGUGUGCGUCCUGUUGUUGUACGUGUACAUUUGUGUGUGUGUGUGUGUGUGUGUGAGCGUUUUACAGGUUGUCAAUGGCAGCAGGGGGGUCCCCGAUGGCAGCAGGCUCCAGGGCCGCUCAGUGUGUGUCCAAAGUGGUGCUGAGUGUCUCCUGUGAGAAUCUGCUGGACAUGGAUGUCUUCUCCAAGUCUGACCCCAUGUGUGUUUUGCUCAUGAACACCACCGGCUCCCACUGGCAAGAGGUUGGCCGCACAGAAACAAUCCAGAAUUGCCUCAACCCAAAGUUUGCCAAAACCUUUACCAUCGACUACUACUUUGAGAUGGUGCAAAGGCUGAAAUUUGCUCUAUAUGACAUUGACAACAACACCUAUGAUCUAGGAGAUGAUGACUUCCUGGGAGAACUGGAAUGUACCUUAGGCCAGAUUGUGUCUUCUAGUAAGCUGACUCGACCUCUGGUUAAAAAGAACAAGAGGCCUGCUGGAAACGGGACCAUCACUAUCUGUGCCGAAGAGAAAACAGACAACAGAGUGGUGAAAUUUGAAGUGGCAGCAAGGAAACUGGAUAAAAAGGAUUUCUUUGGGAAGUCUGACCCUUUCCUGGAAUUCUACAAAUGGGCGGAAACUGAAUGGCAAUUGGUCCACAGGACAGAGGUGGUGAUGUACAACCUGAAUCCAACAUGGAGACCCUUUCGAAUCCCCCUGCAGUCUCUCUGUGGGGGAGACAUGGAGAGACAAAUAAAGGUGGAGUGUUAUGACUAUAACAGCAGUGGAUCUCAUGACUACAUAGGAGCUUUUGAGACCACAUUCUGCCAGAUACAGGAGGCUUCAAAGACAAAUGCAGCAGAAUUUGAAUGCAUCAACAUCAACAAGAAACGGAAGAAGAAAAGCUACAAAAACUCUGGUGUUGUGAUUGUAAAACAUUGCGAGGUAGUGAGGGAGUAUUCGUUCCUGGAUUACAUCAUGGGUGGCUGUCAGAUCAAUUUCACAAUAGCCAUAGAUUUUACUGGUUCUAAUGGGGACCCUAAGUCCCCCCAGUCCCUCCACUACAUCAGCCCUGCAGGCUAUAAUGAGUACCUCGCAGCCAUCUGGGCAGUUGGUACGGUUAUCCAAGACUAUGACAGUGACCAGCUGUUCCCUGCCUUUGGUUUUGGAGCCCAGAUCCCACCUAUGUGGCAGGUUUCGCACGAGUUUCCUAUCAACUUCGACCCAUCAAAUCCAUUUUGUGCAGGUAUAGAGGGGGUAGUGUCAGCCUAUCAGCAGUGUCUACCUCAAGUGAAGCUAUAUGGCCCCACCAACUUUGCCCCUAUCAUCAACCACGUGGCCUGUUUUGGCAGGCAAGCUAUGCAACAGGACAGUGCUUCUCAAUACUUUGUCCUGCUCAUUAUCACGGAUGGAGUGAUCACAGACAUGGACCAGACACGGAGCGCUAUUGUCAAAGCCUCCCGUUUGCCCAUGUCAAUCAUCAUCAUUGGGGUGGGCGGGGCAGACUUCAGUGCCAUGGAGUUCCUGGAUGGAGAUAACAGUAUUCUGCGCGCACCUACAGGCGAAACAGCCAUGCGGGACAUCGUCCAGUUUGUGCCCUUCAGACAGUUCCAGAAUGCUCCAAGAGAAGUGCUGGCUCAGAAUGUCUUGGCAGAGGUCCCAAGUCAGGUGGUGGGAUUUUUCAAUACCUUCGAGCUGAAGCCACCCAACAGAAACCAAGCCCUUCCAGACCACUCAGUCUAAGAGCCAUCUUUACAUCUUUAAUGUAACAUACAAGGAUUCCAGCUUUCCUGUCAGAUAACCAACUUGAAAUAAACUGGACUUCAAAGCUUAUCUGGACAGUCCUAUCCAAGGCAAGCCCCCCCCCCCACACACACACACAUGCAUAGUUAAAGAAUUAAGAUUAGUAUCAUUACAGUUAAUCACAAGAGACCUCUUUUUCCCCAAAUUCCAGGUUUUGCUCAGUCCAAGCCUUUUCAUGAUUUUGUAGGAACCUUAGGAUCCCCCAACAUUAUCACUAUAAAGUGUGAAAAUAGUGAAUAUUCAGCAAAAGCUAUGUACUAUGGCACAGUGGCCCAGUGGUUAGCACUGGUGCCUCACAGCAAAAAGGUCCUGGGUUCGAACCCCAGGCCCUCCCUGUGGGGAGUUUGCAUAUUCUCCCCGUGUCUGUGUGGGUUUCCUCCAGGUGCUCUGGUUUCCUCCCACUAUCAUAAAGACAUACAUGUUAGGAUUAAUACUCCUGUCUGUGUCCCUGAGCAAGGCAAUGGAAAGAAGAACUGGAGUUGGUCCCCGGGUGCUGCAGCUGCCCACUGCUGCUAUACAAUAGAAUAGGUUAAAUGCAGAGAACACAUUCGUUGUAAGAAUACAAUUAGUUGUAAGAACACAAUGACAAAAUAAAGUGGUUUUCUUCUUUCUUCUACUAGUGCCUAAUUUUAGUGACUAGUGAGUGCACUUUGGGGAAAAAGUGAUAAAACGGCCUGCCAUACAACUUAACAUAGCCUCAACUCUGCGCACAGCAUGUAUACCAUGAGCAGACACCCAUGCCUAUUACUCCCUCUCACUCCUCAUUAACUCUGCUCAUCUGCUGUUUACAUUUUUGUAAUAAAUUAUGCCUAAAAUUGCCUUGCAGACUGUAUAAGCCCUCUACAAAGAUAUCUAUGAUAGUAGUUUGAUAGUAGUAGUUUCAGAUACAAACUGUCUCGAAACUCAGUUUAUAGACAUUGCCCCCCGAGAGAGCUAACACUAACACAUGAAGACUUGAUUACAGAUUAAUUUGAAUGUGGCCCAACAUUGGUCACAUGCAUUUGUCACUAUUUUACAUAUUUGUUUUUAUGUGCCAGAAAUGGGUUUUGGAAAAAAAAAAGCAUGUGUUAAAUUGCACUACAUGAUGACUAAAUUGUAAUAACCACACAUUUGGGUGAUGAAACUGAACUGGAUUGAAUACACAAGACCUUAAUGAUUUUUACAGUGAUUAUUUGAACAAGUGUACAUGUGUAGUUUUUGGUUUAAAAACGUUGACUUACAUUUCAUUUUUUCAUUUUUAGAUUUUAUAUCUGGAGCUGCUUGUAUGUUGUAUCAUCUGUUUCUUGCUGUUUUGUACUCCUGCUGCAAAAAAAUGUUUUAAAUGUUUGUAAUCCAAUCCUUGGUUUGGGGCACUAUUUUGGUGCUUAUAUCAACAGUAAACUGGUUAGGAAUUUCAGGAGAAUCAGUUCUUAUAUCAACAGUAAACUGGUUAGGAAUUUCAGGAGAAUCUCCAAGAGCUCUAUAAUUGUGAUCAGUAGACAGUUUAAGCAUGCAUGAAGCUUUUAAGCUAAGCCUAAUAACGGAAAAUACUGAAACCUCACGAGAAUAAUGAAUGCAAUGAACGUUAACUCUUGACUGUUAAGCUGUUUAGUUCUCAGCAUAAAGAAAGCACUAAUAUAUUUCACAGUAGUGAAUAAAAUAGGAUGUAUUGAUGAUCGCACUUAUGAAAUAUGUAUUAUCACUGUGCCAAUUAGUGUUUUAAUGCCAAACUAUGCCAGUUAUGUUUUAGCCGGUUGACAAUUCUCGUAUUUAAAAAAUACUCCUGUUUAUUUGGAUUUUUAGUCAGUCAUUACUUCAUGUAUGUGUGUAGACUUCAUCUGUUUCAAAUCUGGUCAGUAAAUCAACGGCCAAUUUUUUUAUUAUCCCUUUUGGGUCUCUAGUUUCAGACAUGCUUCAUUUAGCCAUUUUUUACGGAUUUUUAUUUAAAAAAAUUUUUUUCAAGCAAGCUUCUCAAAUAAACUGGU